AUGGGAUCAUAUAUCGUCCGCUCAAAUGGUUCCGCGGCCUGCUUGAUUGCGUGUGGAAACCGAGAUAUGGCAUGUUCAGUUGUUGUGGUGGCUAUAAGGGUUGCCAGAAAACAGGGUCUGAAAGUUGGUCUUUCGUGGGGUGACUUGUCGGAUGACAAGCACACAGUCGACCACCUGAACCACGCGGCUAACCGGCAAUUUCCCGACCCAAUACCAAUUUGCCAGCAUAGGCUCGCCUCUCACUUGGAUCUCUACAAUCCCUCAGAUCGUCUGCCCAGCUUGUCUAACCAUUGGACGUGA